AUGGUGUUGAUUGCGGUUCAGGAUAGUUCGAAUAGCCUAGAAGGCACGCCCACUUAUGACACCGCGGCUGAAAAGGCUCUGGUAUGGAAGCAAGACCUACGCAUCGUGCCUUUAUCGGCAUUUAUUUAUUUACUAUGCUACCUUGAUCGCUCCAACAUUGGAAAUGCCAAGGUCUUGAACAAGGAUACGGGCAACGAUCUUCUCUCCGAAACACAUAUGAGCAACUAUCAAUAUACGAUUGCGUUGAUGGUCUUUCUCGUGGCAUAUGGUCUGUUUGAGGUACCCUCCAACUAUUUGCUGAAGAAGUUGAGGCCCAGCCGGUGGAUUGCGUUCCUCAUGUUUGCCUGGGGUGGCAUAACAAUGGGUCUGGGUGGCUCUCGCAACUUCGGAGACGUUACAGGUAUUCGAUUCCUGCUCGGAGUCAUUGAGGCCGGGCUAUUCCCUGGACUUGUAUAUUAUCUCACGUUUUGGUAUCGUGUUUCGGAGCGUUCUAUACGUGUGGCACUUAUUCUCGCCUCCGCUACUCUAGCUGGCGCAUUCGGCGGUGCUAUAGCUUAUGGAGUUGGAUAUUUGAACGGAUCCUAUGGCCUAUCGGCCUGGCGCUGGCUUUUCAUAAUCGAAGGAGCUCCGUCGUGCGCGUCAGCGAUCUUGGUUUGGUUUUUUUUACCAGACUAUCCAGAAACAGCAGGCUGGUUGAAUGCUGCGGAGCUCAAUUUGGCAAGACACAGACUCCGAUUGGAAGGCUCUAAGAGCAGUGCGAAAACGAUGAGCUUGGCAGAAGCAAAGACUGUCCUGACCGAUUGGCGAUUGUACGGCCAUUACGCGAUUUAUUUCGGCAUUUCAACCCCGUUCUCGAGUCUUUCACUCUUCACCCCAUCCAUUACUGCCGGAUUGGGGUACGAGAAUCUAGAAGCCCAACUGAUGACUGUGCCGCCUUAUGCUGUUGCAUAUGUAGUAACGGUCGCAGUUUCUUGGUCCGCCGACCACUUCAACGCGCGCGGAAUUCACGCAGCGAUAUUCUCAUGUAUUGGUGCUGUAGGCUUCCUAGCCUCUGCUGUCCUACCUGCAGAUGCAUAUCAGAGUCGGUAUGGAUGCUUAAUAGUGGCGGCUAGUGGCGCAUUUUCGUGCAUUCCUCCCCUACUUGGGUGGUUAUCUUCCAACCUUCAUUCCACCGCUGGGGCUGGACUAGCGAUAGCGCUCAAUAUCUCUUUCGGCGCACCGGGCCAAAUUGUCGGGGUGUGGAUUUACAAGGCUAACGAGGCUACGAGGGGAUACCCCACGGGCCAUUGGACUAACGCUGCUUUACUUCUGUUUGUCUGUGUUUCAUGCGUUGUGUUGCACAUCUAUUAUGUGUUUUUGAAUACAAAGCAACGGAGGAGCGGGCAGACUAAAGCAUAUGUUUAUUGA